ACAUCGCGCCAUACGGGUUCGGGGAGAGGUCAGCUCACGUAAACAAAAACAUGCCACAUGAAAAUUUCAUCAUUUACUUCAUUUAUAAAACUGCUACGGAUAAGACUGCACGUAUCUGACAGGUCUACAGAAUCAAGAAGUUAUUGACAAUAAGCACUGAUUGAAGAGUAAGAAGAUGCCGGCAAGGAGUUUUGAUGAAGCUCCUGUAUUGGAGGAGGUGGUACAAGGUUCUGGGGAUGCUGGUAGUGACAUGACAGCAGCAGGUCCUGGGCCAAAUGAAUCACUGAUACAUGCUGCAAGUGGGGAAGUUGUGAUCAGUGGUGUGUCUUGUAGACUGCCACAGUCUGACAACAUGGAAGAGUUCAAGGAGAAUCUUAUGGGAGGAGUUGAUAUGGUUACAGAGGAUGAUUCUAGAUGGAAACCUGGUCUGUAUGGCCUGCCAAAAAGGAGCGGAAAGUUGAAGGAUCUUUCAAAAUUUGAUGCCUCGUUCUUUGGUGUACAUCCAAAGCAAGCCAACAGUAUGGAUCCGCAGUUACGCAUACUACUGGAAGUCACAUAUGAAGCUAUUGUUGAUGCAGGUAUAAAUCCAGAGGAUAUUAGGGGAUCAAAGACAGGUGUAUUUAUUGGUGCAAGUGCCUCUGAGAGUCAUGAUGCCUGGUCCAUGGAGGUAGAGAAUACAGUUGGAUAUGCCAUGACAGGAUGCACAAGAUCCAUGUUUGCUAACAGACUUUCAUAUUUCUUUGACUUUAAAGGGCCCAGUUAUGCCAUUGAUACAGCAUGCUCAUCAAGUUUAUUGGCCCUGGAUCAAGCAUUACACAGUAUCCGUAGUGGACAAUGUGAUGCAGCCAUUGUGGGUGGAGCUAAUCUUUGUUUGAGACCAGCUGUUGCUGUACAGUUCAUGAGACUUGGUAUGCUGUCACCUGAAGGAAUGUGUAAAUCAUUUGAUGCUGAAGGCAAUGGUUACUGUAGGAGUGAGGGUAUAAUUGCAGUGUAUCUGCAGAAAGAAGUUGGUGCUAAACGAGUGUACUGCACACUAGUUCACUCAAAAACAAACAGUGAUGGGAAUAAACAGCAAGGAAUAACGUUUCCCUCGGGAGAUGUUCAGAAGAGGUUACUGAAUGAAGUAUAUAGUGAGGCAUGCAUUGAUCCAACCCAGGUGUCUUACGUUGAGGCCCAUGGAACAGGCACGAAGGCUGGAGACCCACAGGAAGUCAAUACUAUAUGUGAUGUAUUCUGUAAGGACAGGAAGGGGCCACUGCCUAUCGGGUCAGUGAAGUCAAACAUGGGACAUUCAGAGCCAGCAUCAGGUCUAGCAGCAGUUGCUAAGGUGAUUGUUGCUAUGGAGGAUGGUACCAUCCCUAGCAACUUGCAUUACACUUCUCCAAACCAAGAUAUUUCUGGUUUGACCAAUGGGAAACUUGAAGUAGUUGAUCAAAACAAGAAAUGUGACGUUGGACUGGUUGGAGUGAACUCGUUUGGCUUCGGAGGAUCAAAUGUCCACACAAUUCUCCGGUCAAACAAAUUUAAUGAAAAAUCUGUGUGUGAAGGUUGUGAGAAGAAGAGACUGUUCUUAUAUAGCUCAAGGUCAAAGGAGGGUUUGAAAGAAACUUUGAGAAAAGUCAGAAGGCAUCCACAUGAUUUGCAUUUACAUUCAUUAAUGAAUGAGACUGCUCAUUUGUCGUCUGCUACACAUCCUUACAGGGGUUAUACAUUACUGAAUGGUUCAGAAGAGAUACAUGUACAGAAAGUAAGUUCAGAAAAGCGGCCAGUGUGGUAUGUUUUUGCCGGAAUGGGAACACAGUGGCACGGUAUGGGCCGGAAAAUGAUGGAAAUAGACGCAUUUAGAACUUCAAUAUUGCAAUCAGAUGCAUUGCUGCAACCAUAUGGUGUGAAUCUGUAUGAUAUGUUGAUGAAUGGAGAGGAAACUACCUUUGAAAAUACCAUCAACUCAUUUGUUGGAAUAGCAGCAAUUCAGGUUGCUUUAGUAGAUGUUCUCACAAUCUUGGGUAUCUCACCAGAUGGUAUUGUCGGACACUCUGUUGGAGAGCUUGGCUGUGCAUAUGCUGAUGGAAGUCUGACGGCACAGGAAACAGUUUUAGCAGCAUACUGGAGGGGUCACUGCAUACAGAAUGCCAAACUUCCACCAGGUGGGAUGGCUGCUGUCGGUUUGACAUGGCAAGAGGCCCUUGAACAAUGUCCCCCGGGUGUGGUACCAGCUUGUCACAAUGCUGAAGACACGGUGACUAUCUCCGGUCCUAUUGAUGCUGUUAGAAAGUUUGUCUCAGAACUGAAAGAGAGACAAGUAUUUGCAAAGGAGGUGAACACUGCUGGCGUGGCUUUCCAUUCCUAUUAUAUGAAGGAGAUAGCAGCAUCACUUAAAACAGCACUAAAUAAGGUCAUCAGAAGUCCCAAGGAAAGAUCUGCAAGGUGGAUCAGCUCUUCUAUCCGAGAAACCAACUGGUCCUCUGACCUUGCCAGGUUCUCCUCAGCAGACUACCAUGUGAACAAUCUUGUCAGUCCGGUGCUGUUUCAGGAAGCCUUGAAACAUGUGCCAGCUAAUGCCGUUGUCAUGGAGAUAGCCCCUCAUUGUCUUCUGCAAGCCAUAUUGAAAAGGUCAUUGUCAAAGGACUGUUGCAUUGUGGGAUUGAUGAAGAGAUCACAUGAGGAUAAUGUUGGAUUUUGUCUCUCAAAUCUUGGAAAAUGCUAUCAGCAAGGAUUGAAACUGAAUCCUUUGAAACUUAUACCUGCUGUUUCCUUCCCUGUCCCCAGAGGUACCCCAAUGGUGUCACCAUUGGUGACGUGGGAUCACUCACAGCACUGGAAUGUUCCUACUGCUGACAUGUUUAUUGGAGGUGGAGCAAACUCUGCAAGUGGGUGUGGCUUUGAUAUUGAUAUGUCACAUGACUCGGAAGAUAGGUACUUGAUUGGACACAAGAUAGAUGGGCGUGUCCUUUUCCCAGCUGCAGGGUAUAUGUUGUUGGCUUGGAAGACCUUAGCUAAACUGGAAGGGACACAGUAUGAUGAAUUAACAGUAUUAUUUGAAGACGUUGACAUUCACAGAGCUACAAUCUUGCCAGAGAGCGGUAAAAUCCAUUUUGAUGUGAGAUAUAUGCCUGGUACUGGAAACUUUGAAAUACAAGAAGGUGGAACAUUGGUUGCCAGUGGAAAAGUUACUUGCCCUGAAAGCACUGAUCUUGCCAGAAAUGAUGCUGAUUUUGACCUCAGUACUGAAGAGUAUCCGCUGAAAUCCUCAGAUGUGUAUAAAGAGUUGAGACUGAGAGGCUAUGAUUAUGGGCCAACAUUUCAAGGCAUAAAGGAGGCUGAUAUUUCAGGAGUGCAUGGUAAACUGUUAUGGACAGGAGAGUGGGUGUCUUUCUUGGAUACAAUGUUACAGAUGACAAUUCUAUCACAGCCAGGCCAUGGUCUCUGCUUGCCAACAAGGAUCAAAGCUCUAACCAUAGACCCACUGGUGCAUCAUGGGAGAGUCAUAGAUCUUGGGGAUGAUCAGAAAGGAUUCUUCGCUAUAGUUGACAAGUAUUGUGACACAUGUAAAUCAGGAGGAGUAAAGAUCCUUGGUCUACAUGCAACCUCAGCUCCACGUCGUCAUGACUACCAUCAUCCAAUCACAGAAAAGUAUAGCUUUGUGCCAUAUCACUCACACAUUCCUGUAAAAAUGUCACAACCCAUGGAGCAGUAUGCCAGUCACUGUAAACAUUGUGCUCACAAAGGGCUUACUAAUCUUCUAACAUGCCAUGGGAACAAUGGAUUAAAGAGCAAACAACAUAUCAGAGCUGUUGUUGAGCUAUCUGCGGAACAAGUUGAUUCAGCAGAGAUUUCCUCAGAACUAGACAGUCAUGGUUUUCUUUCUGUUUUACAGAAAAUCUUCAGCAUUGACUAUGAUGAUAAUUUUGCUGAAAAUGUUGAUAAGUUAGUUACCAACAGUCAUAAAUCACUAAUUUCUGAUCCGCUGCUGAAUUUGCUCACCACACCUGAAACACUGAAACCAUGUUUUGACCUGGUUGUCGAAAAUUCUUUGAAUCAACGCUUGAAGAUUUUGGAAGUGUCUGAUGCUGGGAUGAGCAGUCAUCUAAUGCCAUUUGCUGCCAGUCAUCCAUUGUUACAUGCAUCAUUCACAGUCGCCACAGCAAAAGGAAAUGAAAGUAUUGAUGGAGUAGAGGUUGUCAAAUGGUUGCCAAGUGUUGAACCUCUUCAGUCACUUCAGAAGAAGAUACAUUUAGUGGUUGCCAAUAACAUUCUUCAUAAACAGUCAAAUAUCAGAUCAGGGUUGUAUAAUAUAUCCGAAUGUCUGGAGGUUGGAGGGUUUAUUCUCAUACAGGAGGUCACUCAAAACUUCCAUCUUGCCUUGUUAUUGGAUGGCUUUAACAAGGAUGAUAUUUAUACUGAUCUCAGCAGCAGAAGCUGCAGUAUUUAUUGUACAGCUGAAAAAUGGAGGGAAAUAUUCUCACAAUCUAGUUUAGAGAUUAUUUAUGAAAAGUCUGACUCUUGCCUAAAUACUGUGUUUUUAUUGAGAAAAGUUAGAAAAGAUUCUGUUCCGCAAAAAAUUGUAAAUGUCACAGAUCUUGGUUGCGCAUGGGUGGACAACUUGAAAGAUGAAAUGUUGUCAAUGCAGUCUAAAGCAAAGGGAGAGAACUUAUGGUUGGUUGCAGAUGAGAACAUCAAUGGAAUUAUGGGUAUGGUGAAUUGCCUGCGACAAGAACCUGGUGGUGAUAGAAUUAGAUGUGUGUUUAAUAAGAGCCAUGAACCACUACCAGACAUUGAGAGUGUUGUGAAAGACUUGUCAGAGAAAGAUCUGGUUGUGAAUAUCUAUGACAAUGGUGUAUGGGGAUCUUUUAGGCAUCUGCCUUUAUCUUCAGCUACACUACUACAGACAGAGCAUGCAUUUGUGAAUGUUUUGACAAAAGGGGAUCUCUCGAGUUUACAUUGGAUCGAGUCCCCUCUGCGUUACUACUACCCAGCCCUCCAUCCACAGACAGAGUUGUGUAGAGUUCAUUAUGCCUCCCUCAACUUCAGAGAUGUUAUGCUUGCUACAGGGAAACUUCCACCUGAUGCUAUCCCAGGAGGCAUUGCUAACCAGGAGUGCAUGCUGGGAAUGGAAUUUUCAGGCACAGAUUCAAAUGGCAGACGUGUCAUGGGCUUAGUGCCAGCAAAGGGUCUUGCCACAGUGGUGGAUGUAAACAGACAUUUUAUAUGGUCGGUACCCGAUUCCUGGUCACUUGAAGAUGCAGCAACCAUCCCUGUGGUCUACACAACAGCUUACUAUGCUCUGGUUGUCAGGGGCAACAUUCACCAUGGCGACAAGGUCCUCAUACAUUCUGGUAGUGGAGGAGUUGGUCAGGCCGCUAUAGCUAUUGCUCUCAGCUAUGGUUGUGUGGUGUUUACAACUGUAGGCUCUCAGGAGAAGAGAAAUUACCUUAAGUCGAGGUUCCCUCAACUUACUGACAGACAUUUCUUCAAUUCUAGAGACACCACAUUUGAAAAUGGCAUACUGAAUGCUACAAAGGGGAAAGGAGUUGAUAUUGUGUUGAACUCGCUCGCUGAAGAAAAAUUACAGGCCAGUCUUAGAGUCCUGGCUCAACAUGGACGGUUCUUGGAAAUUGGAAAGUUUGAUCUCUCAAAUAACACUUCCCUAGGUAAGUCAGAAAGGAGAUGAAGGAAGUAUUUUUGA